UGUACAUUUUGUAAAAAACACGAUCAACAUCAACGUACUUAUUUGGACCUAACUUUUGUGUAAAAUAGAAGGCUAAUGUCUCUUUUAUGUAAAAAUUAUAAUUUGACCUAUAUAUUUAGCUUCUGCGUUCAUGUGAGAAUCGAUGAAGACGCCAAAAAAUUGAAGAAAAUGGGAAAAGACAUUUUCUAUGUUCCAGUUUCUGUUUGGACUUUAGAGAUAGUUUAGUAUUUCCUCUCCUCCACUUUGAACAAUUCGUUUCACUCUCAACCAUGGGAGCUUGCUCAAAAUAUCAAGGCACCUUCUGUUUUAGACUGAUAACAUAGAUAUAUGCCAUGGCAAAUCCAAAUUCUUUUUAUCUAGAUUGAGAAAAUGAAGAUUGAUCUUGAAGAAGCAAUAGCAAAGCAUGUUCUUCGCUUCCUCCCAGCAAAAUCAUUGAUCAGAUUCAAAUCGGUUUCUAAAAACUGGUACAAUUGGAUAAAUUCCCCUUUCUUCACCCACCAACAAGCCACUCAUUUCACUAAAACCUCCGCCUUCAUCUCUCAGGCCUACCACCGUUUCUGCCCUUUCUUCAUCCCUCUCCACCGUCAUUCCCACGGCGUCCCUUCCUCUGCCUUCCUCCCUUUCCUCCCUCAAAUGUCCACCAUCAGAACCACUUCCCACGGCCUCCUCUGCUGCAAAAGUACUUUCCAAGACAAUACUUAUUUCAUCGCUAACCCCACCACUGAACGAUGGAUUGAACUCCCUGAACCUACUCUGUUUCACUCCUCUGUUUCUGCCCUGUCUCUUGCUUUCACCCCUUCCACUUACAAUUUCUACUCCCAUUUCCAACUCGUCUGUGCUGUCCCCAUUCCUUCUGUUCGUGCUGUUUUCUUUGAAAUUUACUCUUCUAGGACUAAUUCUUGGAGGCUUUCUGAUUCCCAAUACUUUUAUGAUGCUGAUCACGAUUUGAGCUUUAGAGGUGAUGGGUUUUUUAUGGAUGGAUUUGUGUACUGGGAGACGUCAAAUGGCGUCAUUCUCGCGUUCGAUUUGACAAAUGAAGAAUAUGGAGAGAUUUUGCUCCCUCUCGAUCUCCCUUCUCCUCACUAUGGAGCUUUAAUGGAGAUGAAUGGAGAGUUGUGUUACGUUACGGUAAUUACGAAGAACCACGAUGAUGGUCAUGAUAAUGGCGAUGACGAUGAUUGUUAUUAUUGGUUAGGGGUGUAUGGUGGUGGUGGCCAUGGGAUGGUGUUGAAGAAAAGAAUUCCACUUUAUGAUGAUAAUGGGUUUUUUUUUGAGGGAGAUGUUAGAGUUUUGUCUGGUUUAAGUGAAGGUGCAGUGAUGAUUCUUGUGGGAAGCAAAGUGAUUCUUUAUCAUGUGGAAGAAAGGAAGAGGAGGUUUGUUGGAAUAGUCGAACCGGCAGAGAUUGCGGCGAUUGAUGUCGAUGAUGGUGCCGUGCGGUUUUUGCCAUAUGUUAAUAGUCUUGCGAGCGUGUGUCCGGUGGACGAAAUGCCGCCGGAGGAUUACGAGUUUGAUAAGAUCUUGAAAAAAAAGAGCAGAAACAAGAUUACUUGAGGCUUUUAUUAGGUGUGAAGAGUUUCUUUCUUUGUUCUUCUGUUGUGUAUAAAUAAUUUGGAUAUGGGGAUGUAACGAUGGGUGUUUGAAGGGUAUUGAACUUCUACUAUUGGUAGGACAUCUCUUAAUUCAAAUAAGAUGUGUUUUAGCAUGGUUUCCUCAGUUACCAUCUAGAAUUGAUCCUUAAA